GUGGCUAUGGAUGCUGUUGGAUUGCACCUGAAGGACAAGGAUGGAGAAGCUCUCUGUGACAGAUCUCCUUUGCCUGAGGAGUUGGGCUCAGACAGUGGGGAUGAGCAGUCGCUGUGCUGCGAUGCUGACCUGGAGCUGAAUGCCUUUGAUGGGCUGCCCCAUUCCUCUCGUUACUACAAACUCCUGCAAGAGAGGAAGCAGCUGUCGGUGUGGGAGACCAAGUUGGCUUUCAUGACCAGUUUAGCCACCCAUCACUUUGUUAUCCUGUCUGGGAACUCCAGGAUGGGGAAGAGCAGCCAGAUCCCCCAGUGGUGUGCAGAAUAUUGCCUUUCUCUCCAGUAUCGCCAUGGGGUUGUUGUGUGCACACAGACACACAAGCAGACGGCUGUCAGCCUUGCCCUCCGCGUGGCAGAUGAGAUGGAUGUCAACAUAGGGCACGAAGUGGGCUACGUAAUUCCAUUCGACAACUGCUGCAUCAAUGAAACUAUCCUAAGGUACAAUACAGAUGACAUGUUGCUACGAGAGAUGAUGUCAGAUCCUUUACUUGAACACUAUGGAAUUAUCAUCAUAGAUGAAGCUCAUGAAAGAACAGUUUCCACUGACGUGCUGCUGGGGCUUCUGAAGGACAUUGUAAAACAGAGACCAGAGCUUAAAGUGGUAAUAAUCACCUGCCCUCACAUGUCUAGUAAACUGCACACCUACUACGGUGAUGUUCCUCUGAUCCAAGUGGGCAAUGCGAAGAGGUGUCCUGUCGAGGUUGUUUACAGUUGCGCUUCUCAGAAAAACUAUUUCCUGCCUGCACUGAGACUGCUGUUUGAGAUACACCACACCCGGGAGAAGGGAGAUGUGGUAGUCUUUCUGUCCUGUAAAAAGGAAAUAGAUGAAGCAUGCAGUAUAAUCAGACAAGAAGCUUCUAAUCUACACCCGGUAUUAGGAGAACUAGUUCCAAUUCCCUUCUUUCCAGAACAGGGCAGACCUGUUUAUAGUCCAAGCGAAGUGUGGGAGAAGAGCUGUAAACAUUACAAGAGGAGAGUGGUGUUGACAACCAGCAUGGGAGAGUCCUUACUUUGCAUGGAGAAUGUCAAUUUUAUUAUUGAUGUUGGCAUUGAAAGAAGAAAUGUUUACAACCCGAGAAUACGAGCAGAUUCGCUCAUGAUGCGACCAAUUAGCAAAAUCCAGGCUGAGAUGCGCAAGCAGAUCAUCAGCACAGGGAGAUCAGGCAAAUGCUUCCGGUUAUACACUGAGGAAUUUCUGCAGAAAGAGAUGCCUGAGCUUUCACCAGCUUACGUUCUUGAAUCCAACCUCAUUCGCAUGGUUCUAUUACUGAAGAGAAUGGAUAUUGCAGACAUGGGCCAAUGUGACUUCAUAGAUAGGCCAGCUCCUGAAGCUCUGAUGCAGGCAUUGGAGGAUCUUGAUUAUCUUGCAGCCCUGGAUGAUGAUGGGAAUCUAUCAGAAAUUGGAAUAAUCAUGUCAGAAUUCCCACUGGAUCCACAAAUGGCCAAAGCUCUUGUUGCAUCCUGUGAAUUUGACUGUGUUCACGAAAUGUUAACAAUAGCUGCCAUGGUAACAGCUCCCAAUUGCUUUGUGGACCCACCUCCUGGUUCAGAGCGAACUGCAUUCGCUUGUCGGAGGAAGUUUUUUCAUCCAGAGGGCGAUCACUUUGUCCUCCUCAAUGUUUACAGUGCAUUUAAGCAGAACAAGAGGAGUGCAUCAAACCAACACUCUGAGGUUGAGAAGUGGUGCCGUGACAAUUUCCUGAAUUACUCUGCCCUGAGGAUAGCGGAUGCCAUCAGAGCUGAGCUGCUGGGCAUCAUGCAGUGUAUCGAGCUGCCCAUUUCAAAACCCGCUUUUAGCACGCUUGAAAAUACACUGAAUGUGAAAAGAGCUUUGUUGUCCGGCUAUUUCAUGCAGAUUGCACGAGAUGUUGAUGGAUUGGGGAACUAUGUCAUGUUAACGCAUAAACACGUAGCACACCUCCACUCUUUCUCAGGCUACUAUUCUUCCAGGCAGAAACCAGAGUGGGUUUUGUUCCGUGAAUUCACAAUAUCUGAAAACAACUGUAUCAGAAUCGUGUCAGAAAUUUCACCGGAAAUGUUUGUCCAGCUGGCUCCACAGUAUUACUUCAGUAAUCUACCCCCAAGUGAAAGCAAGGAACUCCUCCAGGAAGUUAUUGACCAAUUCUCAAAGUUGUCGACUGGUGAGGACCAUCCUCCAGCAAGCAAAGAAAACGAGAAGCAAGAGGAAAACAGCCAGAGUGAAGACAGAUGUGCCAUUCAAUGACCAUUUUCUAAUUCACUAAAGGAAUGAUUCACAGUACAAAGACUGAUCCAAAGGGCAACAAUCAAUCAAUGUGCCAAAAGUUACCAUGUUUUCACUGUAAGGCAUUGUCACACAUGUGAUCUCCAUGUGGAUUUGUAAAGACUUUUAUUCGAUGAACAAUUUAUUCAAUAGCUGUUUUAAAUUUUAGUUCAAAGUGUAUUAAUUUGUGUGAAUAAAUUUUUUUUAAACA